AUGAGGACGAGAUCUUCAGGCUGUGACACGGGGGACACGACCACGGCCGCCUACCCCCGCUUCGGGGGGCUCCGGGGGGACAACGUCACGGCCCAGCUCGGCCUCGACUUCCAGCACAUGCUGCGCCUCAACCGCACCCUCUUCGUGGCCGCACGUGGGGAGCCCAAGAGGGAAAUGCCCACAGAGCCCCACUUCGUGCAGGCGCUGCCCUACGGCCCCUACAUCUACUUCUUCUUCAGGGAGGUGGCGGUGGAGCUCAGCGCCCUGGGCAAGAUGGUGGUGGCGCGGGUGGCCCGCGUUUGCCGUAACGACCGGGGGGGCUCCCCGCGGGUGCUGGAGCGGCGCUGGACGUCCUUCCUGAAGGUGCGGCUGCAGUGCUCCGUCCCGGGCGACGCCGUCUUCUACUUCGAUGUCCUGGAGGCCGUGACGCCCCCCCGGCCCCUGCACGGGCGCCCCGCCGUCCUCGCCCUCUUCGGCACCCAGCCCAACAGCAUCCCCGGCUCGGCCGUCUGCGCCUUCUACCUGGCGGACGUGGAGCGGGCCUUCGAGGGGCCCUUCGCCGAGCCCCGCGGGGCCACCUGGACCCCGGUGCCGGAGGAGAGGGUGCCCCAACCCAGGCCGGGCUGCUGCGCCGGGAUGGGACCGGCCACCGGCGUCGUCACCUCCGGGGACUUCCCCGACGAGACCUUGUCCUUCGCCAAGGAGCACCCGCUGCUGCACGGCGCCGUGGCACCCGCCGGCGGGCGGCCCCUCUUCACACGCACCGGCACCAGGCUGACGCAGCUGGCGGUGGACACGGGCGCGGGGCCGCGGGGGAACCAGACCGUGCUGUUCCUGGGCGCCGAGGACGGGCGGGUGCUGAAGGUCCUGGCGGCCGCGCGGCAACCGGGGCCCCCCCGGCCCCACGGUGUCACCCCGGCCCCCGGGGACGGGCAGGGGCUGGGGGGCAGCGGGGACACUGGCCCCGAGACCCUGCUGCUGGAGGAGAUCAGCCUCUACGACCCCGGGCGGUGCCGGGGGCCGCGGGGGGCCAGCCGGGUGCUGGGGCUGGAGCUGCACCCCCCGGGCCGGGAGCUCUACGUGGCCUUCGCCGGGUGCCUGGUGCGUCUGCCCCUCAGCCGCUGCGCCCGGCACGGAGCCUGCCGGAGGAGCUGCCUGGCUGCCCGGGACCCCUACUGUGUCUGGCUGCCCCCCGGGGGCUGCGUCCCCUUCUCCGAGGACCUCCCGUGA